AGUUGUGACAGCAUGUAUUUAUAAAUUCAGAUUCAUUUAUUGAAAUACGGUUUUCGUAGAAAAAAACGUCAAAAACGACACGCUGGAAAAUAGCAAACAUUUGAAUAAUGUGUUGAAGAGGCAAACUCACAAGUUUAUGAUUGUUAGAAGUAAAUAAUAGUAGAUACAAAAUAACUUUAAAAUGAAAUUUGGAGGACAAUUUGUGUUUACUGGUAAACAGGAGGAUGAGGAGGUAGCAGAGGAUAUAGAGGAUAUUAUUGAGGAGGUUGAUGAACAAAACCUUGAAGCAGAUACUGAUGAACAGCAAUGUAUUUUAGAUAUACUGGACACAGCUGGUCAAGAGGAAUAUUCUGCUAUAAGGGAUCAAUAUAUAAGGACUGGAGAUGGGUUUAUGAUUGUAUACAGUAUCAACGAUGUUCAGUCAUUCCAGGAAGCUGAAGCAAUAUAUAAUUUUCUUUUAAAUAUAAAAGAUACCAAAACAGUCCCAGCUAUUCUGUGUGGAAACAAGAGUGAUCUUGAAAGUGAACGUAAAAUCACAACAGAGGAAGGGUCAGAUUUGGCUGCCAGACUAGGAAUUCCCUUCCUUGAAACGUCAGCUAAAACUGCUAUCAAUGUAGCCAAAGCCUUUGAAACAUUAGUGAAAGAAAUCCCUGGAACUGCAUCUUCAUACAAAGUAGUUAUCAAUGGUAGUGGAGGUGUUGGGAAAUCCUGUCUGACAAUACAGUUCACAUCAGGAUAUUUUUUGGCAGACUAUGAUCCAACUAUUGAGGAUUCAUACAGAAAAAUGAUAACUGUAAAAGGAAAGAAGAAAGUGCAGAAAAGUAAAUCAAAACCAGAACCACCACAAGCUGCUGGUGUGUCUUCUAGGAAAGACCAAAAUAGAGGAAUGCUGUCCUCUUUGUGGCGUACAUUGAGUGGAUCAUUUAGACGAGGAGACAGAGCAGCAUCAGCUCCGGUUAGAAGACAAAGGCCAGCAAGUACAGGAGAUGUCCCUGUAUAUAGGGGUCCUAAAACAAAGUCCAAAAUGAAAGUGAAGAAAGCUGAUACAAAUGUAUUGUUGCUGUCAAUGAAAGAUCUGGAAGAUGAGUCGGACAUAGCUACAGGUGAUCCUGUGACAUGUGAAAAAUGUCAAGCUGUGUUGUCUUGUGUGUCUAAACUCACACAAGAAGAAGACAAUACUAAAUGGAUUUGUGAGUUUUGUGGAAAAGAAAAUAUCAUUAUGGGCCUAGCAAAAGAGGAAAUACCAACCAAAGAGACAUAUGAUUAUGUACUAUUUGUUCCGGAUAAAGUUGAAGAGGAGGAGGCCACUGGUGAAGUAGCAGAUGCUAAACCAAAAGGACCUAGUAAAGGAUACCAGAUAUACUGUAUGGAUGUGAGUGGUUCAAUGGACCAGAGUACAGAGAUGUCCAGAGUUACGUCUGAAUGGCGAAGUCAGCGUGAUAGAACAGCAUAUGGAGCAGAAUACAUCACCAGAUUGGCAGCCAUUAAACAAGCAUUGAACAGACAACUUGAAAGACUUGAAAUAGAUCAACCUGAUAGGAAAGUUCAGCUAAUCAAGUUUUCAUCAGAUGUUGAUAUCUUUCGACAUGAUGGAACCCAGCAUAAAUGUAAAUGCAACUUCAGUAAUUAUAACUCACUGUUAGAUGAAGGAAAGAAGUUUGCUAUGGAUAUGACAGUACCUCCCAUUUCAGAAUCCUGCAGUACUUUGACAGCUAAAGUUGACUCCAUGUGUACUGAAGGUUGUACUGCCCUUGGGCCUGCUUUGUCUAUUGCAAUGGGUAUUGCAAAGGGAACAACUGGAUCAGAAAUUGUCCUGUGUACGGAUGGAGCUCCCAAUCAAGGUGUUGGAGGAGGAACUGAUAGUUCAGAAUCAAAGGAACAGUUUUAUAAAAAGGUUGGAAACUACGCUAGAGAAAAUGGUAUUGUGAUAUCAUUGUUAGCAGUACAAGGAGAGCCUGUGGAGUUACAGAAAGUAUCAAAAUGUGCUGAGAUCUCUGGUGGAACUAUUAAUGUCCUGAAUCCACUGGAAAUGAUCAGACAGUUACGUUUGAUCUCACAAAAUUAUGUUGUAGCUACAGCUGUUUCUAUUGCACUUCAGCUUCAUCAAGAGUUAGAAAUUGAUGAUACUCGUUAUCCUAAGGGCAGUAGUAGAGUUGUUAAAGAGGUUGGAAAUGCCACCAAAGACACUGAUAUUAUAUUUAAAUUCAAGCUUAAAAAUCCUGGUAAAAAGUUGGAUGUACAGAGCCUGCCAUUCCAAGCUCAGAUAAAGUUUACUUUCAAAGAUGGGAAAAAGAUGUUACGUGUGAUCAGCAAAUCAAUUCAAACUACUGACAAAAGAUUAGAUAUGGAGGAGGGUAUGAAUGUUGCUGUAAUGGGUGUGGCCACUGUGCAAACUACAUCUGAUAUGGCUAGUGAAGGAGAUAUUGAUAGAGCUAAAAAUAUUUUAUGUUCCAACAAUGCUCUGAUUGCUAAAGGAACACAUGGUGCUGACCAAAUGGAAGAGAGAUGUGCUUAUUUGUCAGAAAGUAAACUGAUUCAGGAACAACUCAGAAAUCAUGAAGAUCUAAAAAAGCAAAAAGGGAGAUACAGAGAUGAAGUGAGUAAUGCUUUUUCACAAGGGAGAUCUCACAAUAUGGAAAGAUACUCUAACAGCAGAACAAAGGGUUUAUGUGCUAUCAAGAAACAGGUCAAGGAUGAAAAGGUCAAAAACCAGUACUAUGACUUUAUGGCUUAAACACUCAUUGUUCUUAUUAUGUAGAUCAGGUCUAUGUUUAUAAAUAUACAAAAUUCUUAAAGUUCUGAAGGCAUAGGAAUGCCACAGGCAAUGUUAAGUUUUGUUUUAGAGUAUUGUUUCAAGUGUUUUUAUUAAGAAUUCUAACAUAAUAUACAUUCAUAUACAAGUAUUUUUUUUGUAGUUUCUAUUAUGUAAAUAACAUAAUUAUUUUAGAGAUUUAUUGCUGUGAUAUGCUUGAAUCUUAAUCAUAUUUUUGUCAUAAAUAAAUGCCUGGUGACCACAAAAUGAGUAUAUAAACCGUGUUGAUGUUUUUGUAAAUGUAAAGAUGAAAAAGAUUAAAAGUUGUUAAGCUUUUAGCUUUUAAGUUUUUGUUGUUAGUCUUUAUUGUUGAAAAGACAAUUCUGAUGUGUGUUCUUGUAUCAUAAAUCAUUAUGUAUCAAUUAGAACAUAGUAAUUGACCUUUCAUCUCAAAGUCAAAUUAUUGUUUAUGUUAUGUUGUUAUGUUUGACAUAGUCAAAUGAUAUUAGGCAUUUGGAUAUAUCAUCAUGAGAUUACAUCAAUAUUGUGAUAUGACCUUGACCUUUGAUUAAAAGGUCAAAUUACUACCUUUAUGACAAUUGAGUUUUUCUGUGUCAGAGAUUCACUUACUUUGAUAUAAUCUUGGAAACUGUGGGUUGUAACUUUCUUAGUCGCAAAUGUUCUUGACAAAAGACCUCAAGAUAAGACUUAUUUAUUACUGGUUAUUGGCUUUAAACUAGCUUUCAGUAACUGCAAGUUCUUUUAGAUAGAUUUUGGGUCUUUUGUCUUUAUGUUAGUUUUUUGUGUAUUAUGGUGAUUGAUGAGUCAAGCCAUUUACCACUGAUUUUUAUAUGACCGCAAAAAAAUUUUGCGGUCGUAUAUUGGUAUGACGUUGGCGUCGUCGUUGUCCGAAGACACAUUAGUUUUCGCACUCUAACUUUAGUUUAAGUGAAUGGAUCUCUAUGAAAUUUUACCAUAAGGUUCAAUACCACAAAAGGAAAGUGGGGAUUGAUUUUGGGGGUUAUGGUACCAACAGUUAAGGAAAUAAGGGGCCAAAAAUAAGCAUUUUUGUACCUUCCAGACAUAACUUGUGUGUUAGUGUAUGGAUCUCUCUGACAUUGUACCACAAGGUUCCAUAUCACAAAGGGAAUGCUUGGAUUGAUUUUGGGGGUAAUUGCCUCAAAAUUUUUGGAAUUAGGGGCCAAAAAAGGGGCAAAAAACAAGCAUUUUUAUAGUUUCAGGACAAUAACUUGUGUGUAAGUGUAUGGAUCUUUCUCAAAUUGUACUACAAGGUUCCAUAUCACAAAGGGAAAGCUGGAAUUGAGUUUGGGGGUAAUUGCUCUAAACGUUUAGGAAUAAGGGGCCAAAAAGGGGCCAAAAAUAAUCAUUUUUCUAGUUUCCAGACAGUAACUUGUGUUCAAGUGUAUGGAUCUCUCUGAAAUUGUACUGCAAGGUACCAUACCACAAAGGAAAGGCUGGGAUUGAUUUUGGGGGUAAUUGCCUCAAAAUUUUAGGAAUUAGUGGGCAAAAAGGGGCAAAAAACGAGCAUUUUUCUAGUUUCAGGACAAUAACUUGUGUGUAAGUGUAUAGAUCUUUAUGAAAUUGUACUACAAGGUUCAAUAUCACAAAGGGAAAGCUUGGUUUGACUUUGGGGGUAAUUGCUCUAAACGUUAAGGAAUAAGGGGCCAAAAAGGGGCCAAAAAUAAUAAUUUUUCUAGUUUCCAGACAAUAACUUGUGUUCAAGUGUAUGGAUCUCCCUGAAACUGUACUGCAAGGUACCAUACCACAAAGGGAAGGCUGGGAUUGAUUUUGGGGGUAAUUGCCUCAAAAUUUUAGGAAUUAGUGGGCAAAAAACGAGCAUUUUUCUAGUUUCAGGACAAUAACUUGUGUGUAAGUGUAUAGAUCUUUAUAAAAUUGUACUACAAGGUUCAAUAUCACAAAGGGAAAGCUUGGUUUGAGUUUGGGGGUAAUUGCCCUAAACAUUUAGGAAUUUGGGGCCAAAAAGGGGCCAAAAAACAAGCAUUUUUCUAAGUUUCCAGACAAUAACUUGUAUUCAAGUGUAUGGAUCUCUCUGAAAUUGUACUGCAAGAUACCAUACCACAAAGGGAAGGCUGGGAUUGAGUUUGGGGGUGAUGAAUCAUAAGGGGGUUCAAAAAAUUUGGGGGGGGGGAUUUUUUUUUUCCCUUUUUUUUCCUUUUUUUUUCUUUAAAAUUUUCCAUUUUAAAUUGGUUAUUUCUGAUUUAUAUAUAAAAGCCAAUAAUAAUGAUAUGGUUUCAAUAGGUAAAUUAAAAUUUUUUAAGUUCUUAGACCACAUUCAUUCUGUGUCAGAAACCUAUGCUGUGUCAAAUUUUUAAUCACAAUCUAAAUUCAGUGCUGUAUCAAGCUUGAAUGUUGUGUCCAUACUUGCCCCAACUGUUCAGGGUUCGACCUCUGGGGUCGUAUCAAGCUGAGCCCAGUGAGCAAUUUAUUACUGGUUGUUCUUAUUUUGUGCUGUAACACAACCGUCCCAGGAUAAGGGAGGGUUGAGUACUCAUAAAUAUGUUUAACCCUGCCACUUUCUGUAUAUGACUUCCCAAGUCACAAGACUGUAAUUCAGUUAUUGUUGUUGUUUGUUGCUGUCUGUCACAUUUGUUUUUUUGUUUAUUGUUUUGUUAGAAAUGAGGUUGUUGCGUUUUUUUCUUAUGAACUAUUUAACAUUUUGUCAUGUUAGAGCCUUUAAUAGCUGACUAUAUAUCAUGGGUUUUGUUUAUUGUUGAAGUCUGUACAGUGACCUAUAGUUUCGUAAAUCAACUUCAUAUUGACUCUGUUGGAUAGUUGUCUCAUUACAAUCAUACCUCAUCUCCUUAUUUUAUAUUUAUUGGGUUGUGAAGGUUUGACUGCACAUUUUGUUACAAUCAAAUGAAAGCUUCAUACAAAAAAUAUGUGGAUGGUCAAUGAUUUUAAAAACCUGUAAAACUACAAAAAGAAUACUAAAUUCUUAUGAUAACAAUCAAAUGUUAUAACUAGGAAUUACCAAGUUAAAUAAAAGUUAUUGUUUGUCUUCUAUUACACAUUCUUACAUAUUAUUGUGACUUCUUUUAUUUAUUAAACUUAUUGGUGUUGCUUUAUAUUGGAAAAUAAAACCAUCUUAAAAUCAAUACGAUUGGUGUCAGACAAUCAAAAUAUUGGAAUAUAUGAAUAAUUGAAGUUUACAUGAUAUAAGGAAAAAGGAAGCAUUAGAAAGAACAAAAAUUAAUAUAUGUUAUAUAGGUUAUGUGCCAUACUUAUUUAUUUUUAUAUCAAAACUUUAUGAUAAUUAAUCUUCCUUUAAUAUAUGAUGUAUGUGAAUGUAGUGCAACUGGUAAAUGUAAAAUCAUUGUUGAUGAUCCUCUUUCAUUUUCAGUGGUCUUUAUUUUGUCCUGGCAAUAGCAAAUCUUAAGAUAAGAUUAUUUUCUGGGUUUUUAUACGAAAAAUUUUUUUGCGGUCGUAUAUUGGUUUUGACGUUGUCGUCGUCCGAAGACACAUUGGUUUUCGCACUCUAACUUUAGUUUAAGUGAAUGGAUCUCUAUGAAAUUUUACCAUAAGGUUCAAUACCACAAAAGGAAGGUGGGGAUUGAUUUUGGGGGUAAUGGUACCAACAGUUUAGGAAUUAGGGGCCAAAAAGGGGCCAAAAAUAAGCAGAAAAAGGGGCAAAAAACAAGCAUUUCUCUAGUUUCAUGACAAUGACUUGUAUGUAAGUGUAUGGAUCUUUAUGAAAUGGUACUACAAGGUUCCAUAUCACAAAGGGAAAGCUGGAAUUGAGUUUGGGGGUAAUUGCCCAAAACGUUUAGGAAUAAGGGGCCAAAAAGGUGCCAAAAAUAAGCAUUUUUCUAGUUUCCAGACAAUAACUUGUGUUCAAGUGUAUGGAUCUCUCUGAAAUUGUACUGCAAGGUACCAUACCAUAUAGGGAAGGCUGGGAUUGAUUUUGGGGUUAAUUGCCUCAAAAUUUUAGGAAUUAGGGGCCAAAAAAGGGGCAAAAAACAAGCAUUUUUCUAGUUUGAGGACAAUAACUUGUGUGCAAGUGUAUGGAUCUUUAUGAAAUUGUAUUACAAGGUUCCAUAUCCCAAAGGGAAAGCUAAGUUUGAGUUUGGGGGUAAUUGCCCUAAACGUUUAGGAAUUUGGGGCCAAAAAACAAGCAUUUUUCUAGUUCCCAGACAAUAACAUGUGUUCAAGUGUAUGGAUCUCUCUGAAAUUGUACUGCAAGGUACCAUACCACAAAGGGAAGGCUGGGAUUGAGUUUGGGGGUGAUGAAUCAUAAGGGGGUUCAAAAAAUUUGGGGGGGGGGAUUUUUUUUCUUUAAAAUUUUCAAUUUUAAAUUGGUUAUUUCUGAUUUAUAUAUAAAAGCAAAUAAUAAUGAUAUGGUUUGAAUAGGUUAAUUAAAUUUUUUUAAGUUCUUAGACCACAUUCAUUUUGUGUCAGAAACCUAUGCUGUGUCAAUUAUUUAAUUACAAUCCAAAUUCAGUGCUGUAUCAAGCUUGAAUGUUGUGUCCAUACUUGCCCCAACUGUUCAGGGUUCGACCUCUGCGGUCGUAUCAAGCUGCGCCCCAGCGGAGCAUUUUAUUUUUUGUGAAAUCAAAAUGAUGAAAAUUAAAGAGACCCAGAGUUUACUCCCCUUGAUUAUUUUCCAGUUUUUGCCAAGGAAGAUGGACUUGAAUUGACUGCAUUUGUAAUUUCAGUUCUUUCUGUCACUUCUGCUUUGAUAUAUAUUGUUUAUUUUUUAGAUUUUUUAUUUUAUAUUAUUUGUGAAAUACUAUAUAUUUAAUAUGGUAUGUUUUUAUUUGAUUUUUUUAACAUCUGUAUCAAAGACAUGAUUUUUGAAUGUUAAUAUUUUAAAUAAAAAUGUAGAAUAUAAA